AUGGUGUGUCCGAGGUCACACAGGAGUUCUGUGGUCCUGACACCGAAGUCCACCUCCUGUCCGGGGCGCCAUGCUUUGUCCUUAAUGAUGGUGGUGCCUUUUUCUCAUCGCCCUCCUGCCUUGCCUCUCCUUCAGUCUCUGUCCAGCAGGACGAGCCUGGAGAACCGCACCUGGGCCGGGGUUGCACCUGCUGAGUUCAUCCUCCUGGGCAUCACCGACCGCUGGGACCUGCGCAUCGCCCUCUUCCUGGUAUUCCUGCCCGUCUACCUGGUGAGCCUGCUGGGCAACGUGGGCAUGGUGCUGCUGAUCCGUGUGGAUGCCCGGCUCCACACACCCAUGUACUUCUUCCUGGCCAACCUCUCCCUGCUGGACGCCUGCUAUUCCUCAGCCAUCGGCCCCAAGAUGUUAGUGGACCUGCUGCUGCCCCAUGCCACCAUCCCAUACACAGCCUGCGCCCUCCAGAUGUUUGUCUUCGCCGGGCUGGCUGAUGCUGAGUGCUGCCUGUUAGCAGUCAUGGCCUAUGACCGCUACGUGGCCAUUGGAAACCCUCUUCUCUAUACCAUAGCUAUGUCCCGGCCCCUGUGCCUGGCCUUGCUGGGAGCAUCAGUGCUGGGUGGGGCAGUGAGUGCCUUUGUCCACACAACCUUCACCUUCCGCCUGAGCUUCUGCGGUUCGCGGGAGCUCAACAGCUUCUUCUGUGACAUCCCGCCCCUGUUGGCCAUCUCCUGCAGUGACACAAGUCUCAACGAGCUCCUCCUCUUUGCCGUCUGUGGCUUCAUCCAGACAGCCACGGUGUCGGUCAUCGCUGUGUCCUACGGGUUCAUCGCCCGGGCUGUGAUCCGCAUGCGCUCGGCCGAGGGCCGUCGGCGAGCAGCCUCCACCUGCGGCUCACACCUCACGGCUGUGACCAUGCUGUAUGGGACACUCAUUUUCAUGUACCUGCGUCCCAGCUCCAGCUAUGCCCUGGACACGGACAAGAUGGCAUCCGUGUUUUACACUCUUGUUAUUCCCGCUCUCAACCCGCUCAUCUACAGCCUCCGCAACAAGGAGGUCAAAGAGGCGGCCAGGCGAGUCCGGGCUCGGUUCUGCUGUCCAGGGUCAGGGCGCCAGUGAGAGCUGCCUGG